AUGCGGUCUGCUCCUCUCAUCAGCGCCUUUGUCGCGCUCGCCAAGGCCCAAGACCUUGUCUGGCAGGUCAUCGACGAUGCUCCCGAGCCGCCCCAGACCACAGUCCCCAUUGGUGCUACACCGACCAUCGUGCCCUACGAUGCAAACGCGGCUGCCGCCAGUGUCGUUGCCGAGGUCAAUGCCAGCCCUCUCCCCCAGGAGACUGCGCCUGUCAAGUCGGAGAAGAAGCGUCUCGUCGAGCGCGCCGCUUGCGACCCGCAGCCCUCCGGAUCCGGCCCCGUCCCGAGCCCCGACACCCCGGCCGCCUUCUUGAGCUCCGCAGACCUUGCGUCGGCUGCCAACAACGCUGCUACCCCCUCUGGUUACUUCAACACCUUCACGAACCUUCAGGGCUCCAGCAGUGCUUAUGGCUACAUGGGUUACACCACCCUCAGCAGCUACGACACUCAGGCCUGCGCUUCCAACUGUGACGCCAUCAACGGCUGCGUUGCUUUCAACAUCUACUUUGAGCGCGAUCCCACUGUCGAACCCGCCGAUGCCUGCCCCAACCCCCCUAGCACCAAUGUUAUCAAGUGUGUGUUCUGGGGUGGCCCCGUCUACGAGAACACCGCCAACAACCUUGGCCAGUGGCGCAACCAGUUCGAGGUUGUCAUUGCCGGAUCCAACGGCUACGUUGCCCAGCGCGCCGAUCCCCAGCCCGGUUUCAAUUCCGCUGUCUACUUGGGAGAUAACUCUAUCAACGCUCCCCUCGACUGCGCCGGUUACGACACUUUCUUGGGUUCCAAGAUCUUCACCGACGGACCUUUCGAUCCCUCGCUUUGCGCAGCUGCCUGUACUGCUCAGUCUCAGUACAAUCUUGCUCACCCUCCUUCGAACGCCCCCGCCCAGACUUGCCAGUUCUUCAACACCUUCUUUGUCCUGAAGAACGGAGUUCCUGAGGGACAGUACUGCUCUUUGUACUCCGAGUCUUGGGACACCAGCUACGCUACCAACAACGGCCAAUGGCGUGGCAAUGAUCACUACACUAUCUCCUACAGUUUUUCCUACACCAACGCAACCGACGCCGGAAAGCCCAGAAUUCCUUGCGCCGUCGCCAGUGCCAGUUCCGCCAUCGUCACCUCCAGCCUUCAGCCUUACUGCUCUUCUCUUCUCGGCUACACGACCCCGGUCGUCACCGCGACCGAGACUGACUUCUCCACUGUCCCUGCCACCACUGUCAUCACGACCGUCACUCCUUUGACUACCUCAUACAGCACCACCACUCAGCUGGUUGCUGUUACCAAGCAGCUGAAGCGUGACCUGCCUCCUCGUCCCACUACCACUUGCCUUCACGAUGAUCCCACUCCCCUUGAUCACUCCGUCAAGGUCAGACGUGGUCUUUGGGCACGCGAUGAGCCUCUUGUCAACGGCACCAAGGAUGAUGAUGGCAACUUCCUUGAUGUCGUUGCCCUGCCUGAUGUGGCGCCUUCCACAAACGCCACCAGCUCUAGCAGAAAAGCUCGCCGCGAUGGUACUCCUGCUGGUCUGGCCGGUUUCUCUGGCGAUGUCAUCUCUUCCGCUUGCUCCCUGCUCGCCACUCCCGUCACCACGACCAUAACCGCCUCCGCCACCACUAUCCAGACUAUCGUGACCGGCGCGGCUUCGAGCACCACCACGGCAGCCACCAGCACCGUCAUCGUCGUCCAGACCGUGACUUCGACCACCACCAUCAACGUCGCCGCCAGCGCCCCUACCGGCACCAUCGGCUACCUCAGCCUCAACCCCAUCGUGAACCCCAACUCCCAGUGGGCCCUGUCCGACGAUGCCACCCACAUGACCGACAACUGGUACAGACAGGGUAGCCGUGAGACCUUCAUCGUGGCCGCGGACGGCAGCCUCUACUCUGUCACCCACAACGCCUAUUACUACAUCUCAACCUCGUCCUCGUACAGCUUGCUCUACUGGUCCAACGACAAUACCAAGGCUAUGAAGAUCUUCUCCUAUACCACUCUCCCCGACGGGACCUCCCAGGUCUUCAUGAACGCCAAUGGCCAGGCCUACCAGUUCUGUAUCCGCCCCGCGAACAAGGUCAGCGAUGGCAACACGGGCUCUGGUCAGCACAUUUAUGCCUUCACUGGUGCGACUUCGCCUCUGAGCUACUGCACUACCAUCGAUUUGAUCAUUAUCCCUGCCUAA